AUGAAUGACACUAAGAAGACGGCCAGUAGCAGGAAGUCCAACAUCUUCAGCGUCUUGCAAGUUUAUGAGCCGUCUGAGGAGUUCCUGAACGCACCAGACGUGGCUUCAACAAUUCAUCAAGUGCAAGAAUUCGACUUCGUUGCUGAAGAGGAAGAUGCAGGAGGCGAGUGCAUAUUCGCCUUUAUGGCUCUGAUGCAGGAUUUUGAACGUCUGCGAGAGGAGAUCUUUGACCUGUGGGAGGCGUACCAGGAUGGCAAAAUAGAUUUGGCAGCGGCUGCGGUUGGCGUCAACUUGGCACUCGAGCUUGCUAAAACUAUUGAGGAAGAUAUUUCACCUUUGCCGAAGAAGCACGGUGGCACCAUGGUGUUGAUCCCAACAUUGUACACUGCUGCUUGCUCCGCGCUGGAUCUCGACCCCGACUACAGGGCCCGACCCUCCGAUGAGAUGAACUUUAGCUGCUAUGAGGUUGGAGCUAGUCUCUUGUUCAAUGUGGCAAGCUUUCUGCAGGCUAUUCGAAAGGGGCUGCCAUAUGGUUCAAAGGAGGUUCCUAGGUACACAGAAAAAUUUGGGUACUUUGACCCCCAAUCGGCAAGCUUAGACAUCCGUCCCGACCAACGCUGGGCAUACGAUAAGGCAGCCAUAAUAGAGGUUAUACCCGAUAUUUGCACUCUCUCGAUGAUGAGGGGGCUUGCAGUGCAGGACGAGUUUGCCCGUGGGAUCGAGGCCAUGUUUCAUAUGGACGAGAUUCCCAUAUGGCUUUGUUUUGCCACUCAAAACUACCUUGACACACUGCGGUUCUUUGGACCCAAUGUCACCAAACCACUGGCCGAUUUUCGCGGCUUCAAUAAUUCGACUGUCAAGUUACUUGAGACCGUCAUGGCAGUUGAUCCUAGCAACGCCCUGUGCAAAGAUCUAGAAAAAUUAUGUGACACUUCCAAGGUUCGUCACGGCAUGGACAUCUUCACAGCUCUUCUCAGCUCUAGAGAUACGACUAGCCGACAAUCACCCUUUCUUCUACACAACCCGCUCUUUUGCGGCCUUUGGAUACACCAUCGCCGAGUCACUCUGCACACUACAGGUAUUCGAUACGCCGCGAAGCCGGGAGUCAUGCUGCACGCUGUGCAACUGUAUGAAGCAGCACGGCAGCACCUACAGAAAUACAACGCAUCUGCCGAACUAGACUGGCCAGACCUCAAUCGCCUCAUCGCCAUCCAAGGAACGCAGGCAUUCUUUGUUGGCGCGGGGCUACCAUCAUCGCCUGAAGCUCACUUCAAGAAUUAUUGCCUGAGCCGCUGUAUAUCACCGACGAACUGGCUCAAUGCUACCAAACGCCGCAAAGGGAAGCAUGGCACUGUGAAUGUGCAAAUGUCGAAAGCUGGUAUGCGAGAUCUCCUCUUCCAAGGGCCGGCAUCACGAUGGACCGAAGCACGGGCAAUGAACCCACAGCGACUGAACGCAGAGCUCGUACAUCAAGUCCUGGAGGCAAGUGGUUCGUUCAAGACGCAACAGAAUCUACAGGAAACAGAAUCAGGCACAAAAAGUGCGGAUGCACGCAAGCUCGGGACUGCCAAGGGGAGAGUGAGAGCCCCGGAUGCGGGGGCUCGUCCUGCUCUCACGAUGCCAGAGCUGGUGCACCAUGUUGCGUACGCUGUUCAAAAUGAGAUUCCUAAUAUUGAGCUCAACUAUUUCGCGAUAUACCAGGCUGCUGAUUCUCUACUCAGGCGUUUGAGAGCCAAUGCAGACCGUCUGGGGUUGGAGAAUGAACGGCGUAUUACGAAUAAUAUCGUGGAUGUCGUGGGCUACAUAUUUUCCAUUGCCGCCGCGGAGAUAUUACCUCUUUCUGAGAACUCUGGUAGUGUGCUGUCAGGCGUGGCGAAGGAGAUGCAAGACUUUUUGACGGAAAGGUCUAGACUUGGCAUGGCAGGACUGGUGUGA